GCCAAGCUUUUGUGUUAAAUAUAGUAACUGCCGUGAACUUGUCCUUGAAAUAAAGCUAGCGCACGGGGCGGACCAAAAUAUCCUCACGUCAAUCAAGAUUGCAGCACGUUGUUAGCAGCAGUAAUUCUGCAGAUUCUGCUUCUUCAGUUCAAGUUUAUCACAAUGCUCGAAGUAAAGUUUUCGCUAAUUGCGAUACUGGCGUCGCUAUCAUUUGUCGACUCUUCUAAUAUCCUACUGGUGUUCGCACUCCCAGGAAAAAGUCAUGGAAUCCUUGGAGAUGGCUUCGUGCGGUUAUUAUUGGCGGCUGGACAUGAGGUGACAUCUAUAACAACAUAUCCGACACGACAAUUGCAUCCAAACCUGACUGAGGUAGAUGUCAGUCGUAACUUGGAUUUAUCACCUGAUAAGUAUAUUAAUAUAAAAGCAGUAUUGGAUAAGGAAAUAGACUUGAACAAUAUAACCGGCUUAAUUCAUGCAAUGAAAAACCUAGGCAAUACAACGUUUACAAAUGAAAACGUACAGAAACUUAUGAUGGAUCCGUCACAAAAAUUUGAUGCAGUCAUUGUUGAGUGGCUGUUCUGGGAAUUGUCCAGUGGAUUAUCGGCAGUAUUCGAUUGCCCGCUGAUAUGGUUUUCUACAUUAGAACCACACUGGAUGGUUACAAAAUUAAUCGAUGAAAACUUGAAUCCAGCGUACAAUCCCGAUUUUAUGACGGGGAACACAAUACCGUUCACCUUUAUGCAACGGGUCGCAGAAUUAUGCAAGCAAAUUGUCACAAGUUUGUUCUUGGAUUUCACUUUUGUACCGAUGGAGGAAAAAUUAUAUCAAGUAUUAUUCGGUCCAGCAGCAGCAAUAAGAGGAAAAUCGCUACCCUCUUAUCAUGAUGUAAGGUUCAACGCGUCCCUGAUGUUGGGCAAUUCACAUGUUUCGUUGGGACAAGCAACAAGAUUGCCCCAAAGCUAUAAGCCAAUAGCUGGAUAUCACAUCGACCCCGACCUUAAACCUCUUCCGGAGAAUUUGAAAAAAAUCUUUGAUAAUGAUACAACUGGCGUUAUUUACUUUAGCAUGGGCUCUAGCUUAAAAAGUAAAGACAUGCCGGAAAAACUGAAGAAAGAGUUGUUGAAAAUGUUUGGAACACUAAAACAUACGGUCCUUUGGAAAUUUGAAGAUGUACUAACGGAUUUACCCACAAAUGUUCACAUUGUAAAAUGGGCACCACAACCAAGCAUUUUGGCUCAUCCAAAAACGAUUCUCUUUAUAACUCACGGAGGACUUCUCUCAACUACUGAGACCGUUCAUUUUGGAGUACCUAUCAUCGGUAUACCAGUCUUCGCAGAUCAAUUUAACAAUGUCGAUAGGGCUAUAAAUAAAGGUUUCGCAAAGCGAGUGGACCUUUCUUACACAAUGGCCGACGACCUAAAAGUAGCUAUUGAGGAAAUCAUAAGCAAUCCACGGUAUGCAGCAAAAGUGAAGGAGUUAUCUCUAAUAUACCAUGACCGGCCGGUGUCUCCAGACAAGGAGUUAGUGCACUGGAUCGAGCACGUAAUCAAAACUAAAGGAGCACCGCAUUUGCGGUCACCAGCACUGUUUGUACCUUGGUACCAGAAAGUGUACCUUGAUCUUGCUGCCCUCAUUUUGAUAGGAUUAUUAGCUAUUAAAAUAGUUAUAAAACAAUUAUUUUGUUCAAAGGGAAGAACAACUUCUCAAAAGAAAAAUAAUUAAAAGGAAUAUCCAUAAUUAAUUAUUUAAGAAAUAAAGUCUUUUACGACUGAUUUUUACUAUAUAUUUUCAA